AUGGAGUGCUUCCUGAAUGCGAGGGCACAUGAAAUUGUGCAUGGAGGACUCAUGGCACUUAUUGUUCCAGGCCGACCCGAUGGUACCCCUCAUUCAAAAUCUUCACUGAAUGUGAUCUAUCACAUUUUAGGAUCUUGCCUCAUGGAAAUGGCAAGGAAGGGAGUAGUUAGUGAAGAGAAAGCGGAUGGAUUUAACAUACCAAUGUACUACAUGUCUCCUCAAGAACUGAAAGCUACUGUAGAACUAAAUGGAAGUUUCACUAUAGAGUGUAUGGAAAACUUACCUCGUCUCUCCACAAUUGACGAUGUCACUGAAAGUGCCGAACUCGUUGCAUCUCAUGUUAGAGCUGUCACGGAGGGUCUCUUCCAGCAGCAAUUCGGAGACGAAAUCUUAGAUGAGCUCUAUGACUUGUAUCUUACCAAACUCGAAGAGCAGCCUUCCAUCUUUGACCCAACAAAGGCUAUUAACUUUCUUCUUGUGCUUAAACGCCAAGGCAAAUUGAUUUGA